AUGUUUCCGCAAGGGCUGAUCGAUCAAUGGCUGAGCAAAUCACGUGAGGGGCGCCGCAGCGUGCGAGAGGACCGGAAAGCAACGCCAGCCAUCCUGGACAACAUCGCCCGCCUCGAGGAGUACUGCCGCAGCCACCCCUACGACGUCUUCUGUGCGAGCACGUUGCAACAUCCACCCUUUGCCCUCCACGCACUGGAGAGCGAAGCGGCAGAGCAGCAGCGGCUCGCACAGCCGCCGCCGGUGUUCGCAGCGACCGUCCCCUCGCCCUCUGCUCACACGACGGCCUCCAAUGAGGUGAGGGGCGGCGUCUGUGGGCGGUACGCAGACGGAGACGAAUCUCGCGCGUCGGUGACGGCUGCUCGUCAACAUCUGCACAACGUCGCUGCGCGACUCGCCGCGUAUCUGCAGUCUAGCGGCGCGGUGAGGAGUUCGGCAAGCCGGCAUGAGGAAGAGUCGCAGUGCACCGUUGUGGCAGACUUCUUUGUGCACUUGCUGUCGGAGGCGGCGGUGGCCGCCGUGUACCGGCAGGGUAUCGCCGCGCAGGUGGAGGCCGAGGAGCGGGCGGCCUUUCAGCACCGUCAGUCACAGCGACGGUUGCAACUGCGCGUUGACAGUAAGCACGACGGUACUCUUCAGCGUCUGGAGUUGUCAGACAGUAAGGGGGCAGACACCGAGGCCGUCCAUGAAGUCGAGGGUCUAACAGUGGUGCGGCCCAUUGCUGACUACCGGCGCCUGAGUCAGGGGCUCGCUUCGCUGUGGAGUUUGCUGGCACAAACGCAGCGACGUGGUGGACUGGCGGUCGGCGGACCAUCGAAAGAACGCAGCCGCGACAGCACCGCCGAUACUGACUCGGUGAACGACAACGACAACCUGUGGACGCGCGUGCGUGUGGACUGCCUGCGCCACUGGCUUGGCGACCGCGCCCUUCCGCCCCCGCCGCCUCUUCCGGGUACCGCAGCGUUGGGGGAGACUCAAAGAAAGACAGAGGCAUCGUCGCCAGCGAUGCCGGGCGGCGCGUGGUGGAGUCGGCCGCUCUACAUCUCCGAGCGCGAUGUAGAGUUUGCCCUGCGCAAGGUGCUCGCGGACGUCACAGCAUCCGCAGCCUCCUAA